CGAACUGCCAAUGCCCAAUGCCAAUGCUCCACUGGCAAUUUUGACGUCUUAGUGAACGGUUGUGUCUUGUUUCCGCCGAGUUGUAGAGGGGUUAAAGCACAGCUAAGUGGCAAAUUAGUUGCAUUGAGUCAGAGAACACACUUUCCAAUUCAAUAUUACCCAAUUAUUAAAGUGCAUCAAUUAUAGAAAACUACGAAAAGUAAACGGAAACAACGAAUUUGUGCUCACAGCCAAGGCGGUAAUAAACGCUCUUAACAACAAUACAAAGAAUAAACGCAAACGAAAUUAAGAAAAACACGAACGCUGAAGAAAAAUCAUUAGCGAGAAGGCGAACAAGCAAAUUAUUGAUUUUCCGUGACGAAAGUAAAAAAAAAAAAGUAUAGAACUUAAGAGUGCCAGCUGAGGCGAAAGACGGCGACGCAAAAAAGCAAAAUAAACGCAAAAAAAGAAAAAACAAAAAAAAAUUUGCUAAGUAAUAAAAACAAACAAAAAAUUUAAAAGGUGUUUUUGGAAGGCAUAUAUGUGGAAACAGUUCUUGUUCUUGUAUUUGUGUCGUAAGCAGUGAAGUAAUUAACAGAAAUUUUUGUGCAGAGGCUACCGAAAAACAGCUGCUGAACGAAAAACAAGGCAAUAAAAGUGUGAGAAAUCCAAGAGUUAAGAGCCACGACUUUGCUCCGGAAGUGCAUUUCAGCAUUCAGGUCACACGCUACGCACACAAGCUCACGUACGCAUACGCCUGCCGAUCGUAGAAAGUUGCAACAGCGCAACCAAGGCGAAAAGGAACAGCAAUUUAGAACAACAAAAACAAAACACAAGAAAAGAACACUACUGCAGCUCAAGCUCAAACUCAAGCUCAAGCGCCACCGCAACGCCAGGGAUCACAACACGUCAGUUCAGUUACGUCUCACCCCCACACUCAUCCACCAACCACUACAACCAACUACCACUCAUAACACAUCCACUAAGCACCAGUGCAACAACAAUUACUACUACUCCAUCAUAAUUCGAUCGCUGAACGAAGAAGAAGAAACCGCAGGCAUCGUUCGGUUUACCUUAUUCUCGUAAGUGUUGAAUUGUUGCCUCGAAGAUGCCACAAGCUGAAGGUGGCUAUACAGCGCUGGAUAGCGCCGGCACCAAUGGCCAUGAUGGUAGCGGUGGUGCCAUCUAUCAGUCCACCACAGAACCGACUGGGCCACAUUCGGUUUUUGAAUCGGUUAAACGCGCCAUCGGUCAAGUGGUGGGCAAUACGAAUGGUAGUGCUCAGGAUACAGAUGAUUUGCUCACAGCGACCAAUGGGCGUCAAGCAAUUAUUGUUGGAUCAAGUAUUUAUUUCAGAGACCGGGACAAAAUCGGUAAGCCACUGAACACGAAGAUGCCAUCUGCGCCGACACACACGGCCGAGGAGGCACGUUUGUUGGGCACCAUGCCCAUCGACCCUAUGGAUGAUAUUGAAUUGCGCUCUGUGCAGUUGCAAUUCCCUAAUGCACGCAAUUCUAUAUUGGAGGCAUGCGAUCAACGUCGUGUGCCUACCGAUAAAGGGGAUAUACAUGUGGCCAUACAGGGUGACACCUCAAAGCCAGCGAUUUUGACGUAUCACGAUCUGGGAUUGAAUUAUGCUACCAGCUUCGCUGGCUUCUUCAAUUUCCCACCAAUGCGUGGGUUGCUCGAGAACUUCUGCGUCUAUCAUGUUACAGCGCCUGGGCAAGAGGAGGGCGCACCUACAUUACCAGAAGACUACAUCUUUCCUACAAUGGAUGAGCUGGCCGCUCAGCUGGUUUUCGUGAUGUCACAUUUUGGCCUGAAGUCAGUGAUUGGUUUUGGUGUUGGAGCUGGCGCCAAUAUAUUGGCUCGCUUUGCACACACCAACCCGGAUAAAGUUGGCGCUUUGGUGCUCAUCAAUUGCGUGUCGACACAAUCCGGUUGGAUUGAGUGGGGCUAUCAGAGCUUCAAUGCACGCUUCUUGCGCACCAAAGGCAUGACUCAGAGUGUUAUCGACUACCUGAUGUGGCAUCACUUUGGACGCAAUCCAGAGGAGCGCAAUCACGAUUUGGUGCAGAUGUACAAACAACAUUUCGAACGUGGUGUCAAUCCCACUAAUUUGGCUAUGUUUAUCAAUUCGUACAUCCAUCGCAACGAUUUGAAUAUUACACGUACGCCACCAGGAACUCCAGGUACCCAGCCAUCGGCGUGCACACUGAAAAUGCCGGUUAUCAAUAUUACUGGCGCAUUGUCGCCACAUGUCGAUGAUACGGUCACCUUCAAUGGGCGCUUGGAUCCAACAAAUUCAUCUUGGAUGAAGAUCUCCGAUUGCGCCAUGGUGCUAGAGGAGCAGCCAGCGAAAUUGGCCGAAGCCUUCAGGCUUUUCCUGCAGGGCGAGGGCUACGCCACGCCCCUCUCCACACCAGCCACCUCACCAUGUGGCACCAAAUAUCAAACCUACUCGUCCAUCUUUUUUGCCAACUUCAAGGAGCAACUGGAGAAAGAGCGACGCGAGCAACAGGCUGAGGAGCAACAACAACAGCAAAAACAGCUGCAGCGUCAACGAAAGCAGCAGAAAAAACUGCGUAGCAAUGUGCGCCUCUGCCGCGAGACUGCCAUCAACAACAAUAAUAACUCGAGCGGUGGUGGUUAUUCCUCCAGCAGCGGUGAUGCCUCCGGCGGCGACUCCGAUGGCAAUGGCAACCAAUCGAUUGAACGCGAACGUCACUUGCCCGCCUUCGAAGUGGACAAUGAUUUGGACGAUUUAGAUUUCGAUGCGGAACCGGAGGUGAGUGUGAAUGGUACAUCGUAUACGAGUGCGCAAAAGAUGCGCAUCACUGAGAAUCCACUGCCGGAGACCGUGAGCUGUUAGAUGCUGAGCGUUCACGCAAACGGGAGGUAGAAAGUAGGAGUGUGAGAAAUAUUAUAUAUAAUAUAAUUGGCAUAUAAGAUAUCAUGGAGUUUGAAGAAGCGGUCGAUCAUUGAUCAGGUUUUUAUUGAAAGUGAGAGACCUUCUUUCUAGUCAUAAUUGAAAAAUGUUCGAUUGUCAUUGCGCUCAGAAACCUACUGUAGUACCAAAUUGAAUAGAAAUAAAAAAAUAUAUAUAUACAUAUUUACAUACAUAAAAAGCCAACAUCACGCGCGCAUUAGCCACCAAAAGCUGCUGGAGCUGAGCAAUAAAUUAAAUGUAAUAAAUCAUUAAAGGUAAACGCCACUGCUGCAGCCGAAACCGCCCAAAGAAUGCAAAAUAAGUAGACACAGAUAGAUUAAGAAAAAAUGCAAUGAUUAUGGUUUGUCGUUAUUUUAUUACAGGAAAUGCUGCUGAAAUUAUGAAAGUAAUUCCCAGCAAAAUUUUUUCUACUCUUUUCGGCAUAAAAAUUUCAAUGCGGUGCAGGCUUAUAAAAACUUUUAAAAACUUUUUUUAAUUAAAAAAAAAUAGCAUUUAAAAUCUAUAAUUCAUAUCGGAAAAUAUUUAGAGAAAAAUAUGUAUAAGACAGGUGAAUGUAAAAAUGUCAACACCUUUAGUGGAUCAUUUUUGGAUGUUCUUGAAUUAAUGUUUUUUGUUUUGUUUUUGUUGCCAGUAGAGACUUUUUUAGUUGAAACUAUUUACUUGAAGGCAACGGUGAAUGAUUUCUAAAGACAUUCUUUUGCCACUGAGCACUUUCGGAAGGUCAAAAGUAGACUAGAAUGUGAGGACUACUCGAGUAAGAUUUUCUUGUGCUUAUUGUCUAUUUUUGCUCCUUCUUUUGCUCAUUAAGAGUGCGUUCAAUAUCUUUAAAAUACGAAUGAUGAUGCUGCGGUCGACUUCUAUAAAAAGAAAUUUCCUUUAUUAGGUAGCUAUCACACAUUUACAAAAUAAUUGAGCGAUUUAGUAUUCUUUUAUCUUUAUAAUUGUUUUAUUCAAAGUUUUCUAUAGAAAUUAAAAAAAGGCACUAGAAAAUAAUAUCUUGAGAACUCUGAACUAUUUUAAUAAAAUUUGAUAGAUGAAAUUUUCUUGAGAAUUUCUAAAGCGUUUUUAUAUGAACUUCUUGCUUUUCUUGAAAAGUGUGGAUUAAUCCUAAUAAAGGAAUUAAAAAAUAUCGUCGGCAUUGCAUGGUGUGAAAAUAACCUUCAUAUAUUUUUUCAUGCACAUGAGUUUCUGCACCAAAAAAAUGUGUAAAACAGAAUUGAGAAAUAGCGGUAUGAGUAUUAUUUCAACCGCUAAAGUAUGUAGCUAAAAAUGAAUUCCAAAAAUUAUAAAAUUUUGUAGUUUUCAAUUCAAAAGUUUGCAAACUAACGAAUAUAGCUAGCAAUUGUACGCAUAAAGAAGUCAUCAUAUCGUCUGCGAAAAUUUAAUAGAAAUGCAUAUAAUUUUUCACCGAAAAAGGGUAUUGUAGUUGUUUUGCAAUCCCAGUUAAAUAACGUUCGUGGGGCAUUCAAAAAUAACUUUCCCAUAUUUUAUAAAUUUUAGGAGUAAAUAAAUUUUGUUUUAAUAACAGCGCUUCAUUGCUGAUCUACAUGGCGUAUACGUAAAGCAAGCAUUUAACACAGAAACAGGCGAAGUUGGAGAAUGACUUUGGUAUGCAAAUAUGUAAAGAAUAUGACUAUGUUGAGUUCUAAAACAGCAGGUUUUCUUGGAUUUCACUAAACUACAAAAUACUUAACAUACAAAAUAAUUAUUUUGAAAACCACUCCAUUUCGGGUAAAUCAAGAUGAUUGUAUGCGAGUAAUAAAUAUACACAUAGGCAUUAGGGUGCAUCACUCUCCACACAAAAGAAAAAAUAAGUUCGGUACUGUUUUCCCAUCGGAAGAAUACAUUCUUACAAUAUUCCAGAACUUCCGACGAAAGAUUUCGGAAGAUUUAGAAGAUUUACGUGCGCCGGACCGGUUCGAAAGUGCUUCGAAAUAUAGCAUAAUUUUUAUUCCAUUGAAAAUUGUUUGUUUUUUCACAUUUAACAUUUUUUGCAGAACUAGAUGCAUAAGUUCUUUUAUUUUUAAUUUUUUUAGUUUAGAAAAAUCUCGAUUUCUGGAGAUAUUUUCAAUUCGGUCCAGCAGACGUAAAUCUUAAUAUUUUUAGUAAUAAUAAAAAUAUUUUGGCGGAAGUCCUAAAAUAUAAUAGAUUUAAUACUUUCGGUGGAAAACGAAAUUUCUUUAGUGAGGUACCCUAAAAUAUAUAUAUUUGCUUUACAAAUUUCAUAAUUGCUGAAACUUUUCAAGCAAAAAGAUUUACUUGUGCACUCUAAAGCUCUGGAAGUGUACGAUUUAAAACCGAAUUUCAUGAAGUGCAACAAAUUUGAAAAAUUAUUAGUACCCAAAAAAAGAGAACUUGAUUUAAAUAUAUACGUAUGUAUGUGUGUACCGAAACAUUCUGCGACUAAAUACAUUUGUCUUUAAUAAGAGUAAAAUUACAAAAUCAAACAAUAUACCCGCGAUUAGUUUUGCUUUAUUUAGAGUUUCACUUUGUGCCUGAAAUGUUUUGAUGAUUAAUUGUAUUGUAAUAAAAAAUAAGUAAAUAAUUUAACUUAAAUUUAAAAAUAAAUGGAAAAAGCAAAACCAGGAAAGCCGAACAAAAUGCAGGGAUUGAUUAAAAUCAAUAAUAACUGUUACAGUUAUUUGGGUUAGGUAUAUGUAUGUAAGUAGCUUACACAAGGACGGUGAGAUUAUGAAUGAAAUGGCAGGAACAAAAAUUAAGUAAAAUAAAAUAAAGUAUUUAAAACGAGCUUUCUUGUUGCAAGCGAUUUUUGCUUAUUAUUGAAUUUAGCUAAGCGAUUGAUUAUUUAAGCCACACACAAAGAAUUGCAAUUGUGAACUCACAAACACAAAUACACAAGUAUAUUGAAUCGUAUAUGAAGAGAAGAAGAUUUAAUGAAUACUUAAAAUACAAAAGUAAAUCUCUAAUUUUGAAAAUAAAGUAGUUAAAUAUCUAGAACUUGGCGAAAUCUUGCAAAAUAAAGCUUCACAAAAGGCAGUAGGCGGCGAAAAUUAAUAAAUAAUAAAAAAAUUAUAAUAAUAACAAGAUAAAUAGUAAUAAAAAAAUAAUAAAUAGUAAAACAAAAAAAAUAUUGGAGUAAUAUAAACACAACCAAGUUUUCGAAGUAGCAGAAAAACUUUAUUCAAAAUUAAAACUAUACAAAUUAUCCUAUUGAAAUAAUUUUAAUUACUUUAUGUGCUAGUAAAACAAAUUGAGUCAAGUCUUAGAAAUGAUGUGAACUAGUUCUGAACUACCCUAAUGUUUAUAAAAUUUUCGCGCCAGCUACAAGGUAGCGCAUAGUAUUUUGGUUUAGAAAGGAAAUCAUCCUUGCAUAUCAAAACAAAGACAAGAAAAAAAUCAAAUAAGAAUUCAAAAUGAAGAAAAUUAAUAAGUCCACUGUCUGAAGAACUGAAGGCGGCUAAAAGUUUUCGGAAUGUGAGUAAAUUCUUUUGGGUAACGCGAAGUAGACUCAUGCACUUUAAUUGGAUACGAUUUAGAUCUAAUCGUAGGAGUACGUGCGUCUAGCGCUUUGGGGCUAUGAGCCCUUGAGUGUGCAGAGAGUAAUAGAUAUAGCGAAACGCAAUCACAUUCAGCAACUCUGCAUCGUGGGCCACAAACAAUUAAUCGCAGAUUAGUUAGAGAGGUCGCGAUAGCAACACGAAUAGAAUCCGGUGGACCGCAUAACACUCCAGAGGGAGAGGAAGAAGGGAGAGAAGAAGAAAAAAAGAAGAAAAAGGGAGAGAAAGAAGAAGAAGGGAGAAAAGAAGAAGAGAAAGAAGAAGAAGAAAAUAAUUACCUUAGAAAAAAGGCUAAGAGAGAUGUUAAACAACUCUAUAGAGUGGGGCAAUGCUGGACAAAGUGCUCACGGGCGAUGUAACCGAAAAAGGACUAAACAAUUUAUCAACCUUACAACGAAUGAACGCAAUGUAUGCUGAUCGGUUACUGCAACUGCGAGGACGUGGCCUUAUGACGCUAUUACCAUUGGACACCAGAAAUAUCAAUGAUCCAUAUGAAAUCAAACACUUUGCAAUUACCUCCCUUAGUUUGAAAGCUUGCUUUGAGCGGAUUUUUUUGUAAAUUUUUAUGACCUAAAAUAAAAUUUAAGAAGGAUAUACAGCAAUUAAAAUUAUCUUUUCAACGAUAUGUCAUACCUUGGAAUCGAGUAAUAAAUAAAAGAGUUAUAAAGAAAUUUCGAUUUGGCUGUUUUUAGAACUCUUCAAGGACUAAAACCCACUCAAAGUAAGCUUUCAAACUAGGGGAGAUAAUUUCAAACUUAUAUUUGCGACUCAGUUUGGUGCACCUGCUUCUCGAGUGAUGUGUGAUUACGAAAAGAGAGAAACAUCUAUGAUAAAAGAGAAGACAUGUACGCUCAGUAUUGCAGAAAUCCGUUCCUAUAUACGUUCCGAUCACUUUUUAGCGCCGCACAGUGGUUUUACUUAUCUUACAUAACAACAAAUUUAUUUAAAUAAUAGAAAAAAGAACUAAAAGAAUUAAUAAAUAACAGAGUAAAAAUAUUGUUGACCCUUGAAUGUUGGAACUAUUUUAUCUAACAAAAAUAAAAAACAGAAAACGCAAAACGUAUCAAAACUAUAAAACAUAACAUAAAUGUGUUUCCAAACGAAAAACAAAAAACUAUUUAGCAAAUAAAAACCAAGAAAUUGAAAGGAAAAAUAUAUGAAACUUGUAAUGGUUGAAUGACUUUAUUAGCAAUGCAAUCAUGUGGCAAGGCACCUGCUUAAUGUUAAUAUCAUUAUGAGAAAAAAUAAUAAACAAUAAUAACAAAAUUACAUAUAAACAAAAUUAAAAGAAAUAUUGAGUGAUUAAAUUUAUCUGAAAUUUAAAUAAAACUGAAGAGAAAAUACAGAAAUACAUAGUAAAACAAAGCUUGCCUGCGAAUUAAAAAAAAAAACCUCAAAGUAUUCAGCGAGAGAGAGAGAUAAAAGAAGAGUAAACAAAAACAAAAAUUACAAAAAAUUAUGCAUUUGCAAAAUACUCGUACAUACAUACUUUGUGCAGUAACAAAUAGAAAUAGCUGCACUUACAGCAUUCACAUAUUAACACAUGCCCACAUACAUAUAUACAUAUACAAACAUACACGAAUAUACAAGUAAUACAUUAACAAUAGCGAAAAUGGAAUAAAAAUUGCUUUUAUAAAGAAAA